AUGCCGCCGAAGUUGCCGGAGGGGAAGUACUGCGAGCUCCCUCAGAGAGGCGUUAAGCUCUACUAUGAGAUUCAGGGGCCCUUGCGCCGUGAGUAUCAAGGUGCAAAAGAGGAAGUGCUUUUUCUUUUGAUGGGCUCCGUUGCUGAUUUGCGAAAGACCACCGACCAGCAGUUUGUGAAUGCUGGCGUUGGGGUCUUCAAAGUCUUUGCUUUUGAUCACCGCAACACUGGCCGUUCCACCAUCAAGGAUGAGCCAUGUACCAUGGAGGAUUAUGCGGAUGAUGCAGCAGCACUGCUGGAGGCUGUCUUUCCUGACAGGCUCCCCAUCUUCGUCAUGGGCGUGUCCUUUGGCGCGAUGGUGGCACAACACAUGGCUCUCAGGCACCCCAAGCUCAUCAAGCGCUUGGUCUUGUGCUGCGGGCCCAGCGGCGGCCCGGGCGGCUCAGCCUAUCCCAUCCAGGAGUGGUAUGAGCCCUCGUUCUCCAUGGAGGAACGGGUGUUGCGAAGGAUGGCCCAGGCCAAUAGCUCCCGGGAUGCUGCCUGGAAAGAAAGGUGCAAAAGUGAGUUCGAGAUGGUGCACACACUUUUGAUGCGGGAUGAAAAGGUGGGUUUGGAUGAGCCACUGCGACAACAGGGCAUCCAUCGACAGCUGGAAGCGCGACGAGGACAUGACACCUGGGCGCGGUUGCCAGAGCUGAAGAUGGAUACGCUUGUAUGUGGCAGUCCACAAGACGAUAUCACACCAGUGUCACUCUUGGAGAAGCUGGCUGACCGCAUUGGCUGCGAGAGAAAGCUCGAUUUCGAGGGGGGACAUGCCUUUGCAGCUGCAGAUGCCAAAUGCUUGCCCUUCAUCAAUGAGUGGCUGAGAAGGCCGGACCGCAUGGAGAAGAGCACGGAGACGUCCAAUGGCCACUCUGUAAUUUGGAAGGUGGUGGGAGGAGCAGACAAGGGCGGCAUUAUCGUGAGAAGCUGA